GGACAAACAAAAUUCUCUCAGAGUGACAGUCAGUGGUGGGAAAUGAGAUUAGAAACAGUAAAAAGAUAUCCAUAUGUUUAUUGCCUUUUCAGUUUUUCUGAACUCUCCAUAUGUUUUAGUUUAAAUAAGGCGGCUUUCAAUAUUGAAAUAAUAAGCGGUGACAGUAAAAGAAGAACAGAAGGGGGUUUCUUUUUUGUUUUUCUGAACUCCCCAUAAGGCGGCUUUCAAGAUUGAAAUAAUAAGCGGUGGCAGUGAAGGAAGAACAGGGGUUUCUUUUUUGGUGCGUUUUCCAUUCAUCAAAGCACCGCCAAAACUUGUAGAGCACUAUGGUUAAUCAUAUUGAGGAUGAUGAAUCUUUGACAAAACCCCUUGGAAGGUUAUCAGUGUUUUAUUACGGUGUUGGGCACAUGCUCAACGACAUAACUUCAGCCUGUUGGUUCACUUAUCUCUUAGUCUUUCUAACAGAUAUUGGAUUAUCCCCAAGUGAUGCUGCAGUUGUAAUGCUCUCAGGUCAAGUUGCCGAUGGAUUGACCACUGUAUUUGCUGGUGAACUGAUAGACAGGUUCGGGCAUUUUAAAGUAUGGCAUCUUGGAGGAUCUGUCUUGGUUGGGGUGUCAUUUUCUUCAGUGUUUGGCGGUUGCUUGCCUUGCAAACUUAUUGGUUCUGAUUCGGCGAUGCUGCAAACUAUUGGUUACAGUGUGUUCGCUGCGAUCUUCAAUGUGGGAUGGGCUGCUACUCAAGUAUCACACAUGUCAAUGGUGAACUGCAUUACACUGAACUCGACAAGCAGAGUAGUUUUAGCUAGUUGCCGCAAUGCUUUUACAAUGGUUGCGAACCUUAGCUUAUACGCAGUUGCUUUUGUCGUGUUCAAUGUCAUCGGAGCAGGGACACCUGAUGCUGUUGAGAAUCAGUACCGUUGGAUUGCAUAUAUAUCAAUUUUCAUUGGAAGCUGCUUCGUCGUCGUGUUUGCUUUCGGAACCAGAGAGCCAAGGUUGAAACUAGAAGCUCAUGUCAAAGGUUAUGUUAGAAUUUCUUGGAUGUAUUGGUUUAAGAAGAUUUUAUAUCACCAAGUUGCUCUUGUUUACCUGCUUACCAGACUUGUGACUAAUGUCUCCCAGGCAUUUCUUGCUUUCUAUGUGAUCAAUGACCUGCAGAUGAGUCUAUCUUCAAAAGCUUUGGUCCCUGCGAUCAUCUUUGUCUGCAGCUUCGUUGUAUCCAUCCUGCUACAGGAGAUUAAGUGGACAAGCCAGCGAUUGAAGGGCUGUUAUACUGCAGGUGGUCUCCUUUGGGUACUUUGUGGCACAGGAAUACUCCUGCUUCCAAGAAACAUGAAUGCUUUUAUGUAUGUCUUGUCGGUAUUCAUUGGCAUAGCAAAUGCCUUGAUAAUGGUAACUGGAGUGGGCAUGCAAAGUACCUUGGUUGGGCAAGAUCUCCAUGGCUGUGCUUUUGUGUACGGAUCAUUGAGCUUUCUGGAGAAAAUGAUAUGUGGGGUGGCUUUGUUCGUUCUCGAGUCAUAUCAGAGAUCCUCUCCGGGACUUCAGAACUGCAGUCCAAGAUACCCAUUCUUCUCCCUCAAUCGGUAUGCACUAGGUCUCGUUCCAGCGGUCUGCGCGCUCCUUGGGGUGAUCGUCACCUGCACUAUGAACCUCCCGACACCCACAUUGGUACCUCUGGAGGAACCUCUACUGGGCUAACACGUAACAGCUGAUGAUCUUAUAAACAGUCAUAUGUUUAAGAAAGAGAUUCAAUUGUUGCUAUUGGAUGUGUUUUACACGGAUGAACUUUUUUCAGCAGACACCAGUAGGUUAUACAGAACAUUAAUUCCAUUGAUACUCCUCCUUAGCUUCUUUCCGUGCAAUUUCAACCCAUUUAGGAUCCCUUAUAAAUUAUUUGUACAUAUUCAGAUUCGCAUCAGUACAAUGAUAUGUAAUAAUUGUAGUCUUGAACUUAAAUUGUCAAAAAUUGUACAUAGUUAGAAAGAUGUUCUUGCUGUAGAACUCUUGAAAAUCAGUAAUAUGAUGGAAUUAGUUUUCUU